GUUCUCCAACACAACCCAUGAGAGCUUCAACUUCACUCUUCACACUACUCUGGGUGUCACCACGAAGUUGGUGCUCCCGACACCUGCCAAGCCCAUCCUUCCAGUGCAGACAGGGGAGCAGGCCCAGCAGGAGGAGCAGUCAAGUGGCAUGACCAUUUUCUUCAGCCUUCUCGUCCUAGGGCUUAUGCUUCUCACAGCCAUCUGCAUCAUCCUGGUGCACCUGCUGAUCCGGUACCGACUGCACUUCCUGCCUGAGAGUGUGGCUGUCGUUUCUCUAGGUAUUCUCAUGGGAGCAGUUAUAAAAAUUAUAGAGUUUAAAAAGCUGGCUAAUUGGAAGGAAGAAGAAAUGUUUCGUCCCAACAUGUUUUUCCUUCUCUUGCUCCCACCUAUCAUCUUUGAGUCGGGAUAUUCACUACACAAGGGGAACUUCUUUCAGAACAUCGGCUCUAUCACUCUCUUUGCUGUCUUUGGAACGACCAUCUCUGCUUUUGUAGUAGGUGGAGGAAUUUACUUUCUGGGUCAGGCUGAUGUAAUCUCUAAACUCAACAUGACAGACAGUUUUGCAUUUGGCUCCCUGAUAUCUGCGGUUGACCCAGUAGCCACUAUCGCAAUUUUCAAUGCACUGCACGUGGACCCUGUGCUCAACAUGCUGGUGUUUGGAGAAAGCAUUCUCAACGAUGCAGUCUCCAUUGUCCUAACCAAUACGGCUGAAGGUCUAACAAGAAAGCAUAUGUCAGAUGUCAGUGGGUGGCAAACGUUCUCACAGGCCCUCGGCUACUUCCUCAAAAUGUUCUUCGGCUCUGCGGCACUUGGCACGCUGACUGGCUUGAUUUCCGCAUUGGUGCUGAAGCACAUUGACCUGAGGAAAACGCCUUCCCUGGAGUUUGGCAUGAUGAUCAUUUUUGCUUACCUGCCAUAUGGACUGGCAGAGGGAAUCUCACUCUCAGGCAUCAUGGCUAUCCUGUUUUCUGGUAUUGUGAUGUCACACUAUACACACCAUAACCUCUCUCCAGUCACCCAGAUCCUCAUGCAGCAGACCCUCCGGACUGUGGCCUUCCUGUGUGAAACAUGUGUGUUCGCAUUUCUUGGCCUGUCCAUUUUUAGUUUCCCUCACAAGUUUGAAAUUUCCUUUGUCAUCUGGUGCAUAGUGCUGGUACUGUUCGGCAGAGCCGUCAACAUCUUCCCUCUGUCCUACCUGCUGAACUUCUUCCGAGAUCACAAAAUCACCCCCAAGAUGAUGUUUAUCAUGUGGUUCAGUGGCCUCCGAGGGGCCAUCCCCUAUGCACUGAGCUUGCACCUGGGCCUGGAGUCCAUGGAGAAGCGGCAGCUCAUCGGCACCACCACCAUUGUCAUUGUGCUCUUUACCAUCUUGCUGCUGGGCGGCAGUACCAUGCCCCUCAUCCGCCUUGUGGACAUUGAGGAUGCCCGGGCCCGCCGCAGGAGCAAGAAGGACGUCAACCUCAGCAAGACUGAGAAGAUGGGCAAUGCCAUCGAGUCAGAACAUCUAUCUGAGCUCACCGAGGAGGAAUACGAGGCCCACUACAUCAGACAGCAGGACCUCAAAGGCUUCAUGUGGCUAGAUGCCAAGUACCUGAACCCCUUCUUCACACGGCGGCUGACACAGGAGGACCUCCACCACGGACGCAUCCAGAUGAAAAGCCUCACCAACAAGUGGUAUGAAGAGGUCCGCCAAGGCCCAUCAGGCUCUGAGGACGAUGAGCAGGAGCUGUUCUGAGCCCACAGUGCCCUGGGCCCUGAAGAAGAUGCCUCAUGCAGCCACCUCAGAACACGAGAUGGUAGGUGGAGGGCUAGUGUUAGCUAGGAAGCUUCAGGCCUUCAGAGCGUGCUUCUUCAGGCCGUCUGAAAUGUGACCUGCCCCAGUGUUGUUUUUGGGCCUGCUCAGCUCACACCAUGACUGGACCAUGCCUUCCUCAUAUCUGGAGCAGCUGCCAGCAGGCGAAUCUGCCGUUUGUCCCUGCAUUGUCAAGGUGCCUUGGUGGCGGUGGCAGCAGCCUCUACCUGGUGCCAAGGCUAAGAGUCUUUGAAAGACUCACAGUCCCUGACCUGUGUUCUCAGAGAGAAAGGCUGAAGGACCUUUUUUUUUUUGACAUGGAACUGGCAACUGUCAGCCUGCCUUUGGGCAGGCAGCUGCAGCCCUUUGUGGGCACACUGCAAAUGUUUACACUGGUGUCUGGCAGGGGGUCAGCCUGAGGCUUCCAGGAAAGGUGGUAGCCUGAGUUUGCAGUACUCUCUGAAGAGACAAAGGGGGGUCUCAGACCCUGGAAGCACAGAGUCCUAGGAGGCACCUUUCCCAAGUGUGGGAGCCACCUCCCUAUCCUCUCUGCUCUCCACCACUGCCUCUCCCUCACUCUUGUCCUCUGCCCAAAGGCCUCUUUCUAGAUCCUAUAGUGUGAAGCUCCUUCCACCCAGCUGCUCUUCAGAGCCCAGCCUCUUUUACCAGUUCCUGGAACUUGGGUCCUCUGCCAUCCGUGCCCAGGCCCCAGCUCUCCAAGACACUGGGGCAAUGGCCAGGGCACAGAAGCUCCCCACUCCAGCCACUUGCCACUUGGGAUGCCGGUGACUUUGGGUCACACAAAUAUUCCCAUGCAUGUCUCAGGCUAAGGCGCUGGAUCACACCACAGGCAAUGGUUAUGGCCUGAUGUCCUCACCUGCCCUUUUAUAACGCUGCAGUCUACCCACCCAGGACCCUUUGGCAACAACCCAUGUAGCCCUAGCCUUUCCUGCACCUCAGGUGGCUUAAAUGUUGUAUAUGGCCUUGGCUCACAGUGGGGACACUGGGCCUGAGUGGGCUGGUUACAGGGGUUUCCCACCUCGAGUGCUGUGGCUCUGAUGUUGGAAGACAGCCGGGCCUCUGAGGACCCGCCUCACUGUGCUGCAGCAGGUGGCAGAGUGGGAAGCGUGCAGUUUGCUUCUAUUCAUUAGGUCACUUGCACAGCCAAGAUACGGUCUCGUCCUCUUCCCUGUCUCUCACCUUAACCCUGGAGCUGGAGUCACCCGUGACCUUGUGCAAUUGGGGGCAAGGCUGGGGUCAGGCUGGAUUGUUCUCUUUCCCAGAACUCAUGCUCCAUUUCUGAGAUGGAGGUUGCUUUCCAAGCUCAAUGCUCACCAAGAUUCCGUUUUAAACCUGAAAUUCAUAAAUUAAGGAGUGAAGCAUCAGGGUACCAUUCACUCAGCCCCUUGUCCCCAGGCCUCAUGUCCCUGACACAGCACUCUUGGUCCCCUGCUUUAGCUGGAGCCUAAAGUGAGCUCCCAGGAGCUUGGUGAGAGGGAGGGAGGGCUGCUGCCCCAGCCUUGAGCGCCAGUAAGCACCAGCUCUGCCCUUUCCUGGGGAAUGUGGCCUUAGCACCUGGGAGAGUGCCCAGCCCUCCAGGGCCCAUGGCCAGAGAGCAAAGCAAUGGAGGGCAUUUCUCAGAUGAGAAACAAAUUUCUGCCACCACCACAAGCGUCUCAGACCCGCUUGUAUGCAGUGAUGAAUGUGAAAUGGUAGACGGUGACCCAGCCGUGCUCUAAAUUUCAGGGUUAGGCCAAGGGACAGGCCAGGUCAUAUUUGAGAGUGAGGGGCAUGGGUGCCCUUGGGAAUCUGGCACUUUAGCCAGUGACAGACCCAACCCUGUAGUUGCUGGUGGCCCGUCCCUGCAGUGUGUGAGCCAGUGCUUGGAACCGGUGACUUGCUUUCUGCUGUGCGUGCGAUGGUCACAGGGUUCCUCCAAACAGCCACAUCUAGCAUAUUGAGGUAAAACCUGACGGGCUGAAGGCUUGGUGUGCAGAUCCCUUUCUGUGCAAUUGAAUGCCAAGAGACUGAGCAGAAAGCCUUCUUAAAGCCCACCCUAAGAACUACCAGGUCCACAUGCCCAUGGUAGGUUCUGGGCUGGGUGGCCGCUGCCCAGACCUUCCCCCCUUAGCUACAGAGGUACAUAAUUGACUCCGUAUUGGUAAUUUCCCACUAUAGAGGUCAGCUGUUCCUGGCUCCCAAGUGAGGAAAAAUUCAGUAGCUGGCUACCACCCAUGAGGCUUCCAAGAUGCCACAUCGGGACAGGAGCCCUCCCCAAUUCUCUCAAAAAUAGCAGCUUGAUCUCUCUGCUGGCUGGUGCCCAGGAAACCAGGUACAAGCAGCAGUGGCAAAUCACUGGGUUCUCUCAGGGCCCUGGAGUCAAGCUGUGUUAGCUGAAACCACAUGGCGGGAGGGCCUCCAGGUGACCCUGCCUUCCCACCUGUCCACCCAGUUUCAGAGAGAGGAGGUGCUACGGCCCCUCACCCAGGCACAGUCAUGUGCAGUGGUUGUAGGACAGGCCACCCUUGGUGGCUGUGGCCCUGCUCUAGAACCAUGGUAACACAGGCUGGAGACUGGUGGAGUCCUCCUGCUUCCACCAGGGGAGAGGCUGAAGACUCUCUUCGCAAGCCCGGGUUCCUUUCUUUGACAGUGGAAGGUUUUGGAGGCUCUAGUUCUCUGUUGUGAUUUUAGGAGGCUGGCUAGGAGCCAUCUGUGUAAGGUCCCGGGGACCAGAGCACGAGGGAAGUGUGUCCCUCUUCUGGAGCUACCCUUGCCUGCCUGCCUGCCUGCCUGCCUCCCUCUCUCCCACUAGACACUGAAUGGGAGGUCACAUCACUGGAUAGCUAGAAAUAAAAUGCUGUGGAAUCAGA